AUCUAAUCCAAUCAGUGAAGUUCUUAUUGGUCGUGGCCAGCAACCAACGUACACAAUAAAGAUUUCCGGAAGGAACGCAAGAUGUUUUCACAAUGUUUUUAUAUACGCAUUAAAGGAAUCAGCAAAACACGUUCAGCUUUUAACUAAAUGCGAGAGAACUGCGACAAUGAAUCUGGGGGACGGUCUCAUGUUUGAACUUGAAAAUGGAAAAGCAAAACUUGUUUUGUCCAGUCAAGGUCUGGAGUCAAGAAAUGCAAAGAAGGUGAUCCCUAUAACUAGACUUGAGAAAGUCCCUGUUAGGUUGAAGCAAACAUACAACAAAUCAGUGAUGGGGAAACCCCAGAGAGUUCAGGAGAGGCUCACUGAUGUGAGGAAAAGGAUCGGCUCACAGACUGUUGUUCCCAGGAGCGAGCACCAAGAGGCCCCAAAACCAGCCGGCAGGGCCUCUUUAAAGGACACGGGCGGUGAUCAUAAAGCCUCGCCGCGGAUUGGCGCUCCGGCUCGAUCGUGGCCCGUAAAGAAGUCCGGGAUGGACAAGCAGGUUACCGUCCCGAAGCAUUCUGAGCUUGCCACUGAGACCCUGAAGAAAAGCUUGGUGUGUCUGACCCAGCAGCAGCUAGAGCAGAUCCUGAGCAACAUCAACCGGGCUACAGACGGAGGUUCACAAACGCCAGGCUUCAGCAACCAACCCCAGUCAGAAGUCAAAGAGGGUAUGACUGUGAAUGGAACAGAAAAAAGUGACACAUGUUCAGAACCUACAUCUGUUCAUACAGACAAGAGUGAUAUGGCAUUGGGAAAUGCAAAGGAUGACAGUGAAGGCUGUGUUCUCUCAUCUAGGGUGAUUCCAAAUGGUUUUCCAGCUGGCCUCUUCAGUACGCUGGGAGAACGAGAGAGAGAGAAGGAUGUUCUGGAGGCCAAGAGAGAGCAGUGGAAGAAAGAGCUUGAUGAGCAAAUGGCUUUAAAACGGCAGAAGAAAGUUACUGAACUGAACUGCCAUACUGUCACAAGGGAUACUCUUACAGAGGCGGCGGAGGAGAGGAUUCUGGGAGAGAGCCAAGAAAGGAAACUGCAGCAGUCUAGAGCAUCAGUCUGCUGCAGCCAGAGGGACCUUCCGGCUGCCAUCCGCUCUGCGUUUGUCCUGGGGGAGGCCACCCCAGUGGAACAUGCUUUCAGUGCCAAGAAGCGGGAAGAUCGUAAGAUGUGGCUCCAGGAACUGGACCAGCAGCGUGAGGAGGCCAGGCUGCGAAAGAUGCAGGAGCGCCAGAACCAGGCCCAGGGGGAGGACCUGGAACGCUGGGCCAUGCACUUCGACUCCCUCCAGAAAAGAGCCCCUUCCCAGCCCCCGGCCACUGAGGGGCGGGAUUCGGGCUCUCCGAGUGCCCGCUACACUGCCCGCCCAUUAUCACCCCCCAGCUCCUCGUCCCUGGCUUGGGAGGGCACGAGUACCAUAGCAGGGGACCAUCUGGGUCGGGUCAGUGUGGACAGCUCCACAGGUGGAGGCCAAAGGAGCAACCACCUGCGCACCAUGACCGCACUCCUGGAUCCGGCCCAGAUUGAGGAGCGGGAGAGGAGGCGCGUUAAACAGCUAGAGCACCAGCGUGCCAUUGCGGCACAAGUGGAGGAGCGUCGGAGGCAGCGGGAACAGGAGGAGGCCCUUUGGCGGGCAGAGGAGCAGGAGGAGGAGCGCCGGGUGGCCCGGGAGAGGGAGCGCCUGGAGCAGCAGUACCAGCUGGACUCCCUGCAGCAAAGACACAAAGAGGAGCUGCAGGCUCUGAAAGCUGAAGAGCUUUACAUGACUGUGCAGAGAGCCCAGGAAGAGGCGCUGCGGGCCAGACAGAGGCAGAGGAUCCAGGAGCUGACCCGCAAGGGCCACGAUGUCUCCAAGCUGCUCCGCCAGCUGCAGGAGGCAUCCGACUCGGCAAGCGCGCUCAGCUGCAGGGAUUCAUGCGGCCUGCCAGAGGGCAGCCUCACCCAGAAUGAGGAGGGCCUGUACGCCGAGCUGCAGAGCGGGGCGUCUCCCCGGAGAGACACGGCUGUGCAGACUGAUGCUGAUUCAGCAAGCAUGGGAUUAGCAGUAGCUGCACCAGCGGCAGCACCGACAGCAGAUGGAGGCCCAGUAGAAAUCCCGGAUGCCCCAGUGGAGCAGAAUCUCCUGCCCAGCAUUAAAAAGCCGAAGCAGGAGGGGCAGGUGCUGGGGAGGAACUCAGGGAAGGGGAAGGAGAACGUGCGUAUGAUGGACGGCAGGGAGGACCCCUACGAGGGCUUCACACGGACGGGCAGAGACCAUCGUCGGCAGGGAUGGAACGCGCAGAGGCCUGGCAAGCCUUUCGUCCCGGCCUCGGAACGUUACCCCCCAGGACCCCGGCAACGCAGGGAGGAGUCCCGACUCCGGAGGCAGGCGGAGCUGCUGGCCCUCGUGGGGCAGUGCGCCACCUCCAGGCUGGCUCACAAAGAGCCUUCCACAGCACAUCUCUCACACAGGCAGAGGCCCAUCACACAGAAAAAGGAUGGACAAGCUCAGAAAGGCACAUCAGCUGGUCAUGUGGAAAACAGUGCCCAGCCAGCCCCCUUGACAGCUUCAGAUUCCACUGAGCGUCCAUCGUCAUCCAGCUUCGUCCCCUACGUUCGGACGGAUGAGGUAUACCACUUGGACCCACUCGCACCUAUCUCCAGACCCUCAACCCAGGAGCUCCAGCAUCACGUGCCACUAGGCAUCAACCACAGCAAGCCUACCUCAAAUCCCCUUCAACGUGACCCCCUUCUCAACCCAGAGCUGUUGAAAAACAAGGAAAGACAGCAGGCGAUACUCAAGGGGCUUUCUGAACUGCGCCAGGGUUUGCUGCUGAAACAGAGAGAGCUGGAGACCGCACUCAGUCCGCUUUUGCUCCGUCCAGAGGGCACGAUGUCAUCCACAUCCCAGCACGUGUGAACGCGGACGUCACCGUACAGCGGCUUUCUUUGGCUUACCUUUGUUAGCUCCCCAUUCACUAACCCUAGCUUUGCUGAAGCAAUGAAGAGCUGAAUUGUGAAUACCAGCAUGCCCUUCCGUUCUCAGAACACCAGGGCUUCCCAGCAGUGAAUUUCUGUGCUACAGUACAGGAGCUGGUUGUCUGUUUACAGUGCCAGAUGGCCAUAUCUACCAUAGAAACCACAUCACUUUGGUUCAGCUUGCAGUCUUGGCUGUAGGAUGAGGUGAAUGUUGCGCUCUGGCACACCUUCUGAAUCACCUUAGUGGCACAAACAGUGCCCCUGCAGCAAUGAAUAUGAAGCUUGGUCUUGAAUCAGAAGCUCAUAAAGCUGAUUCACGACGUUUUUUUGUUUAAGUGUGAAGCAGUAUUAACUGUGUGGAUGUGAGUGUUGCGCUUGUUUUAUGGGACUAAUUUUAGCACUGAAUUUAUUUAUUGAAGGAAACUACUGAAUAUAACUGCUGACACUCCCACCGGGGAGGUAUAAUGUAUGAACUGAAUCACUGAAUAAAGUUCUCACAGGGUGUGGACCUGGUACAAUCUA